AUGUCUUUAAAAUCUUCUAGAAUCUCUAUGGUCGCAAUUGGCCGAAGAUGUACUCAAUCUUCGGCUAGACUUGUAGAUCAUGAUGAUAAGUUCCAACUGACCAAGCAGGAAUUAGAUGCGGUAAGUCAGUUUCCGCUCUUCAAAGAGAUCGAACGGGGCCAACCGGCUAUCAAGGCAGAAAAGUUAAAAUAUUUGUCCAAGAAACUUCCCAUAGUCAGUAAACUCUUUAAUGCAGAAGAAGAACCCGAUUUUUUGAGUUUUAAGUUACCAAGAGGGCUUCAAAGUCCAUAUCAUCAUGCAUACGCUCGACGGCCCAUUGAUCCACGAGACGAUGCCGCUUCAGGUAGCCGGAAAAACCGAUUAUCGGUAACGAAACUCCUGACCAAGAGAUGGUGCGAACUUCGAGAAGCGUACGAUAUUUAUUCAAGAAUUCCCUUGUAUGAACAUGCUCAAUUGAAAGUUGGUAAAAAAGAACACCAGCGACUAGAAGACGAAACGCAUCAGGUUCCACUCGAUUACAUUCAGUUCAAAGAAGAUUACAAUCUUGAAAUUCCAGACGACCCAUUUCACACUUUAGUCGAAGACUGGUUUUUGAGUAUCACCAAGAUUCUGGACCUGUUCGAGAAUGGGCAUGCGCGAGAGCUUUUAUGCCACUGUUACUUGGAUUCCCGAACCGGUGAACUUUUGUGUACGCCUGCGAGAGAUGAAAACGAUAUUUUAGUGAGUGGGAUCAUAGAUCAUUUGGUGUUGACUAAUGAGGAGGGGACUGUGACUUUGCCUGGUCAUCACAGGGACUUGAAGCAUAUUUAUUCCGAGUUGGCACUCAAAAUCCAAGCCAUGAAGGGCAAAGCCCAUAUAAUUGUGAGUGACGUAAAGACGAGACCUACACCGAGCAUCCCACGUCAAUCUAGCGUUAUAAAAUACUCGAAAUUCCAAGUAAUGUACUACCGACGGUUUCUGGAGACUCUGAGCCUUGACUCCGACCAAACUUACAGAAAACUUUUGAUAAACGCCCAGAGGCGAGGUUUUGAUGUCAGUGCGCCUAUAGAUCCUACCAAAAUUUUGAGUUUACUGGAGAUGGACCAGGUUUUCGUAGCAGACAUGGAACGUCUUCAACAGGGCAAACCAAUUGGAUUUAAUUCGUUUGAUGACGAACCCACAGGACAGCCCUACUUGAUGGAUCACCUUGACGAAACGGUCAGUGAUUUACGAAUUAAACAGAGAUAUGGUCAUCUUUUCACAACAUGGGAACAACCAGUGACUCUCAAAUAUUUUGCUGCGAGAUUAGCACAAGCGUAUACAUUAUUAGGGCCGCUUCUCUCGGACAAAUUAAGCAUCGAAUACUACUGCAGGGGUCAUAAUUUCCAAAGUGUAAAUUUUGAGUAUGACUGGCCAGCGUUGAAGAACCAAAUCAAAGAUAGUUCGAUGUUCUGGUUUGGCAAAAGAGACAUUGAUCCAAUUUCCCCAACAGUCCAAAAUUUCGUAACAUACUGUCGAUUUUGUGAUUACGAAGACGUUUGUUUAUGGAACAAAAAAGGGAAAGCCAUGUGUCGAACUUUGGGUCCACGGUUGGUGGAAAUUUUGGAAGAAGCUAAGCCAAGGUGA